AUAAAGAUAAAGCUUUGUACUGAUGUAAUAGAUUCAAUAAAACAUUUAUAGAUUCGAUUGACUCUUCAGAUAUCUAUAGUGUUAAUGAUUGCGUUUAAAGGCAAGAGAGUGGUAGUUUAGUAUCGUUACAAAUCUAUUCUACUUUAAUCAGUAAAGUGGCAGGGAAUUUCACUAGUAAUUUAUUUAUAUAACGUGCUUUGCUAUUGGAAAUAUUUUUGCAGUCAAAGCAACAGUUAAAGACAUAGUUUUUUGCAUCUUUUAAACUUACUAAAUUCGAUGGUUUAUCGUUUUAUUCGUAAUAUAACAAAAUACUGAACAGCCUUAGUAAAAUUAUCUCAUGCUAUAGAGAAGGUACUUGUUACUUUAAGUCUACUAUUCCCUUGACAGUUGUGUUUUUGAACGAUUCACAAGCGAUGAUCGGAUGUAAGAUAAUGAAAAUGAAUUCCAGACAUUCUGACAAAUUGAUUCUGUACAUCAGAUCAUUGUAACAACUUGUUGGAUUAUUAUAUUCUUAAAGGAUUAAAUAGAUUAAAAAUUGCUGAUAUGAAAAGUUGACUUUCAAAUGGUUGACAGAACAGUUCAGAAUGCAUUGGCAUGGACAGUAUUAUAAGAUAGCAAUUUUUAUAAUAAAGGAAACCUACGUGUGGACAACAGUUAUAGUGUUAGCGUUCUUAUGUGCCUUAAACGUCGACGGACUAAAGUCUGACGUUCCAUACUUUGAGCCAAGAGAAAACAAUGUAUCAUUCCACACCGGAUCGACAGCUACCUUGAUGUGUUCCAUCAUAGGACUCCAGACACGGAUUGUUGUUUGGAGGCGGAUGUCAGAACCUAGCCCUCUCACUAUAGGAGAUUUUGUUUAUAGUCAAGACAGUAGAAUUUCAAUACGAAGGGUAGUGAAACAAAAUGAAUGGAAUUUAAUUAUCAAAGACGUGCGACCAGCUGAUGCAGGAGUAUAUGAAUGUGCAGUUAGUUCCAGAGAGAAAUAUAAAAGACUUGUAUUACUUAGAGUUACUGGAACAUACAGCAAUCUAUCUAGGAAAAGUUAUAGUUACGAAAACGAUAUACUAUUGUCACAACCACAAGUUAACGUAACAGGAAAUGAUUUUGUGAGUAAGGGUCAAACUAUUUUACUUACAUGUAAUGCUACUGGGGAAGAUCAUGCACCAGACACGGUUGACUGGUUUAUCAAUGGACUAAAAGUUGAUAAGAAAAAUAUGCCCCGUGUACGGGUGUAUAAUAAAGUUGACAUUUAUAGAAGAACGUUACUGAGUACACUAGAAAUAAGACGUUCAUUAAUGAGUGAUGCAGGGGUAUAUAUCUGUAGAGGGCCAGAUGAAAAGAACUCCAAGUUAACAGUUCAUAUUUUAGAUGAAGAAAAGUCAAUUAUAGAUAAACGUGGCGAUUUUUUACCAUCAUCAGAACACGGUUUUGUGAACGAUUCAUCAGCAGCUUCUUAUUUAUUUCAAUGGACUGCAAAAUGCUUAGUAAGUUGUGUAUUUGCAACAUGGUUUACACAUAUUUGGUUCAUUACGUGAACAGAUGUGAAAAACUAACUUCUACCACUGAAGUGUUCAAAAGAAUAAACCACCUGCAAUUAAACUGAUGCAAUGGAGUGAUCGAAAUGAUGAACACAUAUCAUUAAUGACGGAAUGGGUCCGUCGAAUUCUAUUUCUAAACUGCUGUUCAAUGAAAUCGCAGACACACAUGGACAGUACGUCUGCAUAUUUACAUUUAUUGUCGAACAGUGCAAUCAUUGACUGUUUAAAAAUACUGACGUUAUAUUGUUUGAUCAUCAUUAUUGUAGAAUUAUUGUGCAUUAUUCAUGUGUUUUGACAUCUGUGAUCAUAAACAACCAUUUUACACAAUUAAUGUGUAUUGCUUAUUGAUGAAAAGCUUAUUGUAUUCUUAAGGAAACGAAACAUAUACAUGUAAAAUUGAAUAUUUUGUAAAAUGACAGUCUUAAUUUCCGUAGCCGUAUCUGGUACAACUUUUCAGAAUUGUCGAUUUGUAAAACCCUUUACCUGAGAUUUCCACUAGUUUUUGGGGGGUUUGAGUAGUUAUGUAUUAAGUAAUGAUGUUUUGUUUUGUUUAGAAUGCUUGUUCUGUGAUGGUUUUAAGUUUUGCAAUGGCGUUGCCAGUUCGUUUUCGACGAUCAGAUUGAAUAUCCCUAAGGUAUAUGUCAUCUCUCUCUUCUUCAACUUUGUAAUUGAUUUUGCAUCCUAAAUGUUUUGGUUCGAGUGUCAAUGAUGUGUCUCAUCAAUUCAGGAAUAUGGCAGUCGUUGUCCAUUCGAUUGGUGUGUUUUAUCAUUUCAUUUUGCCAUUCGAUUAGGGACUUAUCCUCAAUGUUCAGUAUUUUUGUUAUUUUAAUUUUUAGGAAGACAUAACACUCGUCUGUGUAUCCUUUUUUAGUAUCCUUAACUCUGACGUGAUAUCUACCUAUAAUAUAUAUACUUGUAAAGAUCAUUUGGUUAACCUGAUGAAUUAAGUGUACAAAAAUGUUUUUGAAUGUUACUGGUCCGAGUUUUGAAGUUUUUAUUUGAAAGGAAAAUAAUUAAAAUCGUACAAAUUCAACAAAAGUUUUACAUGGUACAUAAGAAAGGUCGACUAUUUAUGAAGCUAUAAAAAUGACCAUCCGACCGAAGUACACUAACAUUCAGAUGCUGUAUACUUGACACAUGCUAUCAUUCAUGAUAUAUUAUUGUUUUGCUUUACAUUCUCUUUUGUGUGCUAUAUAGUUUGUUUUGACAAUUGUUACCAGAGUAAUUGGAUGUUUUAAUAUUGAAACUAUUACAUCUUGUGAACAGAAGACGUCUGGUUCGUUCUGUAGAAAGUUCGAACUGUUUUGAUCUUAGCUUCAACCUAUUGAAGACAUAUUUCCCAUUUCCAUUCUCAUUUUUAUUUGUUUAUAUCUCUUCUGAAUACGCUAGGUCUUUGUAAAUUCACGAACAUAUGUCACUAUCAAGACGACUGAGAAAGUUUCGUUAAAAGACAGAAUACGUUUUUGAUAUGCGUUGAUACGUAACAAACACGCCCCGCAUACGUCCAAAUAAAAGUCCAAGUGAAAGCUUCAGACGAAUGAUCUUGAAGCGUAUACAACGUGCUUUAAACGUGUCUCAAACUUAUCUGUAACGUUUUCCAUCGCACUUUUAACAUACGUAUCACGUGUGCAUAGCGAACAGAUAUACUCUUGACAAACAUAAACCAAGCAUAUUUCGACGUACUUCAAACUUAAACAACGCGCGUCCGAUUGAUAAGGGAUAAUCUUGCGUGCACCUAACGUGCGCCUUCGUCAAUUGUCUAUGUAUGUUUUGUGCACGUAAGUCUAUACGCAAAUGUGUGACGCCGGCAUAACCCAUGAUAGCAUUGUUUCUUAUCCUCUGUAGAUAACAAUAUUUUUCCGUUUAAACUAGUUUACGGGAUUUUUGAUACUAUGACCAUUUUUUUUUUAGAUUAUUGAAAAAAUAAAACUUGUAAUCGCAACUCCGAUGAGACCAUUUGUGAGAAAGCUCACAUACUUGUUAGUGUAUUUUUUUAUUGUGUAGAGUUGACUUUAUAGUACCACCAAUUUUAUUUGGUCAUUUAAUUGGAAAUAACGGACUUUUUGAGUAGUGUAACAAUAAGAUCUUGUAAACGUUACACCUCUGAGACAUUAUAAUUAAUUCAUUAAUAAAAGAGGGACGAAAGAUACCAACGGGACAGUAAAACUCUUAAAUCUAAAACAAACUGACAACGCGAUGGCUAAAAAUGAAAAAGACAAACAGACAAACAAUAGUACACACGACACAACAUAGAAACAAAUAAUAAUAAUAAGCUAUCAUACUAGCGAUCUGUAGAGUGGUGUGCAAUCUUGUGACCUGGUUAUUCCGCUAUUUAAAUAAUUUAAUUUUUACAAGAAAAAUAGGACUGUAACUAUUUUGUUUUUAUUCUUAACCAACGGUCUUGUAACAAAGUUAUCGAAAACAUUCGUAUUUGGAAGGAAUGUUUGUCAUCAUGUAUUGACAAACAUAUAAUAUUUAACUCUUUAAUCUCAUUUUCCAAUUAACCGUUUGAGCGCAAAUUAUGUGUUUUUAAAGAGGAAACGUGCGUCUAACAUCAAUAUUACCUUGUUAUCGUUGAUGAGUUUCAAUAUGGUCAUGUUUAUCUAACCAUUUAUCGGAUGCUUUGGGACUUGACCAUUUAAAUACAUUACUCUCGGUGCAUUUUGGGAAAGCAAAUUCUCUUAGAAAACAAUUAUAUUGUUUAACAUGU